AUGGACCUCGCUUGGAAGGUGAUUGUGCUAGUCGGGGCACACAUACUUGCCAUCUUGCUUGCUCUCUCAUGGAUUAGGUUGCGUGCAGCUCCGGGCAAGAAGGAGCGGGUUGUCGUCCUCGUUCUCGGCGAUAUAGGUCGCUCUCCUAGGAUGCAGUAUCACUGCCUGUCGUUAGACAAGCAUGGCUUUGAUAUUCACUUAGUGGGCUAUAAAGGAAAGGAGCCGUUGCACAGCAUACAAAAUUCCAAAGGCAUCAGCAUUCACUAUAUUGACGCUCCACGGAAACUUUCGGCCAGCUCGUCACCAUUCCUCUACAUUGGACAAGCCGCUGUACGCAUUCUAAGUCAACUAUGGCAAUUGAUAGACGUUUUAUUGUUUCGCAUAAAGACACCAGGCCAUAUACUGGUUCAGAAUCCUCCUGCCAUUCCCACCCUCAUUAUCGUGCAAUUUAUUCGUGCAGCUCUAGGGUCCAACCUUAUAAUCGAUUGGCACAACUUUGGAUACUCCAUAAUGGCACUGACACUAGGCCAAAAGGCCAGUGUAGUAAGACUAGCUAGAUGGUACGAGCGGACGCUCGGGGCCUUUGCCACUGCUCAUCUAUGUGUGAGCAAAGCAAUGGCGUCGGAAAUUCGGGAUGGUCUCCAUGCACGCGGAAAAAUAGCAAUACUGUACGAUAGACCCCCCGAGGAUUUUCGACGUCUGUCUUUAGAGGAGAUCCACGAGUUUACCUCCCAAUACGAUUGGCGUGGAGACGAAUUAAAGCAUGGAGUAGAAGAUAGGGCUGCAAGUUCUCCUUUUACCUCUUUAACAACGUCGGGAUGUCAGUUUCGUGCAAAUCGACCAAAGCUGGUUGUGAGCAGCACGAGCUGGACAGAAGAUGAGGAUUUUGGAAUCUUAUUAGACGCCGUCAGUCGAUACGAUGAAGAGGCAAGACGAUUGGAGAAAUCAGCAUCGGAGCGCCUGUCAAGCAUCGUCAUCGUCAUUACCGGCCGCGGCCCUCUUCUCCAUUUCUAUAAAGAAAAGAUCCGCAAUUUAAAGCUGCAGUACGUGGAAAUCAAAACUGCUUGGCUGUCAGCGGAACACUAUCCGCUUCUCCUUGGCAGUGCUGAUCUGGGAAUUUCGUUACAUACAUCUUCGUCUGGUGUGGACUUGCCGAUGAAGAUUGUGGACAUGUUCGGGUGUGGUUUACCAGCUUGUGCGAUUGGAUAUCAAUGUUUAGAUGAGCUAGUUGUAGACGGGCAAAAUGGUCGCAUCUUUUGGAGUGCCGAAGAGUUAUGUGAACAAAUCAAGGAUUUACUGCACUCUCCUGAAUCUCUGGAGCGUCUGCGGGCAGGGACAAUUGAAUUCCAGAAAAGACGGUGGCACACCGAAUGGACACAGCACGCGAAAUGUCUAUUCGAUUUGUAA